GGCGCCGAGAGAUGCGUCGCGCUUCCGUGGGGGCGCGCGGCUCUGCUCCCCCGCCCCUCGCCGUGGCGGCUGCCCGUGCGACCCCGUGCCGCUGGGGUCUGCCGCCCCUCGGGGGGGAGAGCAGCGCGCCCCCCGUCCCCUGGCGGUGACAGGAGAAGCGGCGUCUUUUGGCGGCCAGAUCGGCUCCCGCUUCUCGGGAGAGGGGCCCCGCUGCGCCGGGCUGCCCGCAGUGCGGGGAGUGCCGUGCUCUGUGUUACACGUCAGUAUGUCCUCCUAGCCCCGUUUGUCUUUGUUCUGGGUGCUACUGUCUUCUCCCAACUGGCACACCGUUAUCUUGGGGGCAAAACCACAGUGGGGGACUAGUGCUGUUGUGUCCCUGUCACGAUGGAAGCAUCUGCUGCACUCGUGUUGUUACCUGGAGCAUCCCCUUUGAGAAGUCGCCCUUUAUCUCCAUCCUGCCUUUCUCCGGCGUCCACCAGGGCUUUUAUCAAGAAAAUACUCCUAUCCCUAGCGAUCUAGUGGUUUUUGUCACCGAGUGAUAGCUUCAGCUGGGGGCCGGAUGUUCCUGCUUGUGUCUUAAAAACCCAAAAACAUUGGUGACCACAAUUUUUCCCCUUUAGAAGCAAGAGUAUGAUCAGUUCUAAUGGACUUCGAGUGGAUAAGCUUGGCGCUGUAGGUUAGCGGCCAAUUUUAAAUGCUUAAACGUCCUGCGAGGGCUCUCUGGAGUUGAACCAGAUCAUUGUGCACUGUUUGAAAAAGGGGCAUAUUCUUGAAUUGUCCUCAUGAUUAGCAUGUUUUGUCCAAAGUUCUUGUACUUUAAAUUAUUCCUGCAGAUUAAGCAAACCUUAUUUUCAGGGUAGGUCUGUUAGGAGGUGUUGAGUAUGGACAAAUUACUAAUGAAGAAUACCUGUCUGAAUUUCCAUUAAUUUAAAAAGGCUUUGUCUUUCAGGGGCCAGGUGAACUUGGUUUAAAACCAGAUUAGAAAAUACAGGAAGUCCUGCAGCAGAGCAGAUGAUUAACUGCUGUGCAGGCUUGCUAUGGCAACCUUUCUUUAUGUUGUAUCAGAUUAUGUUUUACUUUUAAAAGCAGAUAAAGGAAAAGGCUGGUAUUAAAUUACGAACAAUUAAAGAUUUUUGAGGUGUGUGAGGGUUUUGUUUGUUUUGGGAUUUUUUUUGUAGGGAAUGGUGAGGAAAUUUCAGUUAGAACUUUGUUGUCAGUUCAUUUACCUGCUCAGCUGGUGACUCACAUGAAAGCAAGCCACACCACUUCUCUCUUUCCCUGUCAUGUGAGGGUAAUAAUACAGAGUUAUUUCACAAGGUAUUUUAAAUACUAGGUCUUGUAUCUAUAAUUACCAUGUGACAGAACACUAGCAUUGGUUCAUGAUCUAUAUAUAUGUGCAUAGCUUUCUGGUUUGAGAUCAGUUUGCUUGUGACUGUUACAGUGGUCUUAUGUAAGAAAUGCUCACCGUUUUGUAUGAUAAGAUAAAUUUCCCUAGCAGAAUUCUUUAAAUGGAAUUGGUUUUAGUUAGCUUUCUGUAUUUACAGCUUUAAGUGGUAGGGGAAAAUAAAAAAGAUGUCUUUGAUAUCUUUAGCUGUUACAAAUAGAGAACAGCUCUCUGAGAAUUAAGUGUUUUUGUAGAAGAAAAACCGAAACACUAACAAAUAUAUCUUUAGAAAUAUAAUUUAGUACCUCAAAUGGCAUAAAAUUGCAUCUUUUUUCUGUUGAUUUCAGUGAUUCAGAUGGGUUUAGUAGCAAGAGGGAGGCCUUUCUAAUAAUUUUAUAGUAUACCAGGGCUUCUUUGAAUUAGUUGUCAGCUUUUUAAAUAGAUUUUAAUAGAAACAUUAUGCAAGAGAUUACUAGUGUGGUUCUUACCUUUUGUGCAUGUUUUUACAAAUGUUACAAGGCAUCCAAAAGUUUUAUUCGAGAUGGCAAAUUUGACAGCAAUAAGUAGAUUAAAUAAUAAUGAAUUAAAGAAUCCCUUUGAACCCACUAAUAAGUGUGUUUUUACUGUUAUGCAUUUUCCAGCAUUGUAUAUAUUUUGUUAGCAUAUGAUUUUUGUUUGGAUUUGUAGCGUUGUGAGGUGUUUUGUUUUGGUUUUUUUUUCUUUCUGCAAAAUACUUACUGAGAAGCCUUAAAAAUGUGGGGAUCUAACACUUGGCCCUAUGUAAACAGGGAGAAGAGCAGCCGACAGCUCUUUAGAGGAUUCCAGAUGUGUCCCCUAAUGGACACAACAUUUUGCCUCUGCUGGAGCGUGAAAGUAGCUGUUUGGAUAAGCUAUAAGGAGGACUUGUGGAGAAAUGCAAGUACAGUAUACAUGCUAUGCUGGCUGAAGGUGAAAGCAUGGCAAGUACAUCUCUAUGUGCUGCUAAUCCAUCAGCAUCUCAGAAUCUUCGGAAAGUGUCUGGUUUUGUAGAAAGUAAAACCACACAGUGCUCGUUUUCAAUUGAAAGUAUCUUGGGACUGGAGCAGAAAAAAGAUCCCAUUCCAGCUGUGAAACAUCACAGACCAUGGAUGGAUGCAUGCACCAACUUGGUUUUAGGUGAUGACAGUAAUCCCCAUCUGCAAAUCCCUGUUGUUUGCUAUGAAAAUCCAUUAUUUCAUGCUAACAGUAAUCCAGUGCAAGAGGAAAAAGUUUUGAAAUGUGAAAAAUAUUUUGCGGUCACUGAAAGGCUCUCUUUUAAACGAGAAUUGAGCUGGUACAGGGGCAGAAGACCAAGAACUGCAUUCACUAGAAACCAGAUUGAAGUCUUGGAAAAUGUUUUUAAAAUUAACUCCUACCCUGGCAUUGAUAUUAGAGAAGACCUAGCUCACAAAUUAGAUUUAGAUGAAGACAGGAUCCAGAUCUGGUUCCAGAACCGCCGUGCAAAACUGAAAAGAUCACACCGGGAAUCUCAGUUUCUAAUGGUGAAAAAUAGCUUCACCUCCAGCCUGCUUGAGUAGAAGGAAGGAUGGUUUGCUGUUACGGUACUACAAUAGAACACAAAGAAUUACUGGAUUUCUCAUAACUUGUAUUAAUGAUUAUAUAUUAAUUAUGAUUUUAUCCCCAGCUUUGAAAGUUUAUAAUAAUUUUCAUUCAAAUAAACUGUAAAUACUUGAA